UAACUGAUAGCAUGCCAACUCAAGCCAUGUGAUUCGCACUUGCAAUUAAUAGUUGUUCAGCAUAUGGUAAGGUGCCAAUGCAUAUGAAAUUUGGAAGGCAUGUGGACAUCUUGGAAUUGCAGGAUUCAGAUUCUAAAUGCUUAACGCAAAGCAGGCAGGAGAAACAAACCAAGCUGUCGUGAAGUAUCAAGAACGCUGAAGUCAACUGUUCCUUCCACUAGCAAUCUAGCAUAUAUCAACCAGCCUACCCAACAGCUGUUCUAGUUGCACAUCUUUGUUCUCCAAUCUCAUGAUCUGAAUCUUACACUAAACUAUGCUCCCGUGCAGAUGGUUUUGCUGCCAGUUAUUGAAUCAUCCAAUGCAACUCUUCUUUAUUACCAUACUGUCUUUUUGUGCAAAAUGGUUUGGAGAGGGCUAUAAAUAUCCCUUUCAUCCUUGUUCUAACAAAUGUCUUGGACUGAAGGUAAACUUCUGUCGGAGUGAAUGAUCUGGAAUUGGUGAGGCAUUAGUAAUCAAAUGUAAAUUCAGGAAAAUUUAGAACCACUGUGAACAAAAUAGGGAAUUGCUCUUUUCUGCUGUCUGCCCUUAGAAAACUGAUAUAUCUAUUCUCUCACGAUGUUUUAAUGUUUAAGAGACAUGGGCAUCUCUGGCAAAGCGUGCGCAUAUUAUGAGCUAGAACAGAUCCUUUGCUGCCGAUACUUGCAACAUGACAGUGCGACAAUAAUAAGCUAAUUAUUCAGAGCUGCACCUAAUGGUCUAGAAUCAGAUGAUUAAACACGUCUUGGGAGCCUGGAUGUGAGCGAAGUCAAAUAGCUGUCCAUGCUUCCACCGGCAACUUGCAUGUUAAUUAACGGAUCACAUGAUAUUAGUGUGAAUCUGAUGCUAAUUCAAUGCCCCUUCACCCGUGCUGCUCAUUUUGCCACCCAUAAUGCAGACAUGACAGCAGACAGACUCCUAAUCAAGCUCAGCUAGUGAUGCCCCUUGGCUCUUGCCGUCUGCUUAUUCAGCUGUGCAGUUGCGUCAACCUCUUUUCCCUAUAUAAAGAGGGCACCCAAAGCUAUGAAGACACCAUAGCAGUUGCAGCAGCUUGACUUCUCUUCCAUCUCCAGCGAGAAGAGGUUCUGUAGCUUCCGUUCCAUCCCAAGCAUUAUGGCCUGCCACCUGAGAUCCGCAAGUGUGCCCUCAAGCCCUUGCUCCAACAAAACCAGCGUCGAGGAGCAGCUCCAGAGCCUGAAGGCGACCAUCUCUUCACCCUCUGCGACAGUCCAAACUAUCACCAAUGGCCUGUCCAGGCUCGGGAGCAUCUACAGCUGCAUCGAUGAGCUCGCGUGCCUGCCCAGCACCAGCAGCCAGCGUCAGCAGAGGAAAGCAGUGGAGGAGGAGCUGGAGCGCUCUCUCGUUCUGCUCGACCUCUGCAGCGCCAUGCAAGAAAGGCUGGCAGAUCUCAGGGUGAUCGCCCAGGAGAUGCUGCUGGGUCUGAAGAGAGGAAACAACGUGUCUGUCCAGGCCAAGGCUCAGGCUUAUGCCCGCCUGGCCAAGAAGGCGCAAAAGCAGUUCAAGAAGACCAGCAGCAACAUUGCUCUUGACGACACUGAAAGCUGCAGGGUGGUCAAGCUGUUGUCUGAAGCGAGAGAGGUCGCUCUCUCGAUGCUAGAGUCGACAUUGUACCUACUGUCAAGGGAGAUCGUGAUGCCGAGCGCCUCCAAGUGGUCUCUUGUCUCCAAGACAUUCCAGAAGAAAAGAGUCGAGUACAGGGAGGAGCAACUGCAAGCGUUGGAGUUGGAGAUUGCUGACCUUGAGAGCCAGGUUCAGGUUGUCUUCAGGAGACUGAUCCAAUGCAGGGUCUCUCUUCUGAAUGCUCUUAGCCUGUAGAAAGGUCAUGCCCCAACCAACCAACUCCGAUGGCCUGCGAUUAGCUUCCGCCUUUUAGAGGAUUGGCUGAUCAUCAGAACAAUUUUGAUGUAUAUAUGAGACAAAGUGUACAGAAAAGUAGUUGAUGAAAGAGCAAGGUUUUGAUUAA